UUCACAAUGGUAUGCUUUUUUGUUCUUUGAUGCCACUAGGCCUAUCUUUACAUGGAUUAAAUUGUCAGCUUUUCAGCCAGUUGUCAGAUGUUUAACCAUUUGUUACCACCCAGGGAUUCCUUUCAGUAGAAACAGCAGUAUCAAAAUUGCUUAAUAAAAUGCAAAAUUGCAUUUCUUUGAAGAUUUCUUAAAUGAGACAGAAUAGUUAAGUUUUCAGUCAACUUGAUUAGGGCAAGAUUCUCAGUUGUUUGCUUGUAAAACCUAGUAGUAAUGCCCCAUAAUAUCACCUAACAUAAUGUAGCCAAUUUCAUAAUGAGAUUUGUGAGCAGACAAUCAAUUGUAAGAAGAUUCAGGUGCAACACAACCCACUUAAUCAGGUGAUAGCCCCGAUACCAUUGAAGAAAGUUCCCAGGGUGUGUGUGGCCUAUUCCUAUGUAAGUGGACUCUGGAAAAGCUUUUUGCUGGGCCUGAAUCCUACAUCUACCUCAUUGACUGCCCAUUCUUUGUACUUGAGUCAGUGGUCUUCCGUAAUGCCUGCCAGUCCUGGAAACCAUCAGUGGUCUACCAUCUGACCUACUGACCUUGGAUUCAUUUCCUUUUCCAAUCUUAAGCCUCACCUGUUGAUCCUGGGUUCAUCAGCCCCCAAAGCUACUCACAUCAGAAGCCUAGAGUUUUAACAUCUGGCCUGUAGAUUUGGAACCAGCCUAGACCUGAAUUGACUCACUUUUCCAACUGUGUGAGCCAUUUUCUUAAUAUAAAUCUCCCUCUAAACAUACAUAUAUAAGUAUCUCUGGCUUUGCUGCUUUAGAGAACCCAGUGUAAGACAAGAACAAAUGCAGAUAAAGGUAAAGGGAUCCCACUAGCAGCAAGAGAGAAGAGCUAGGAAUGGAGCUUGUCAUUUGGACCCCCAAAUCCAUAUGCAUUGAAUCUCCUUUAGGAGACGGCUGUGAUACCAGAGGAGUAGCUCAGGAGCAGCAGCAGAAUCAAGAGCCAGAGUAUCAACCAGAGAGGUGGACUUCCUAGCUCACAGAGAAGAGUCAUGUCAGAAGAAACAGUCAGCGAAUCACAGUUUUCCUUGAAGGCGGCAGCGUUGAGAGUGUUUGAUCUUCCUCUGUCUUGGUACUAUUCUCUCUGCCAGAUCAAAUUUUCACCAGGAAUUAAAAAAUUGUUUGUAGUAACUGCAGUGAGCGCUGUAUCUGUAAUUUUUCUGGCCCAUCACUUGAAAAGAAGACGGGGAAAGAAAAAAGGGCAAACAUUACCUUGGGAACCAGAGCACCUAGUACUUGAGUACACUAAAAGAACAGCAUCCGACAAAGGUUCAAGUUGUUCCAGCAGUAGACAGAACCUGACGUUGUCUUUGAGUUCCACCAAAGACAAAGGAGCUCAGUCUUGUAACUAUGUUAAUGGAGGACUUUUCAGUAAAUAUUCAGAUUCUGCGCAGAGUUUGACCUCUGUCCAGAGUGUCAACUCAUGCCAUAGCUGUGUUUGUGGCAACUCUAAUUCCUGGGACAAAGCAGAUGAAGAUGAUAUUAAACUUGUUAAUAUUCCUGUGACCACUCCUGAGAACUUAUAUUUGAUGGGUAUGGAAUUGUUUGAAGAGGCAUUACGUCGAUGGGAACAAGCUCUAACUUUUCGUAAUAGACAAGCUGAAGAUGAAGCAAGUUGUAGCUCUAUUAAGUUGGGUGCCGGAGAUGCCAUUGCUGAAGAAAAUGUAGAUCUUGCAGAGCAGAGGGAAGUACGGCAUACCUACGGCCUGGAGUCUCUCUGCCACUGCCCUUUUUAUGAAGAAGCCAUGCAUUUAGUUGAAGAAGGAAGGAUUUAUUCUAGAGUGCUUAGAACUGAAAUGUUGGAGUGCCUUGGAGACAGUGAUUUUCUUGCCAAACUUCACUGUAUUCGACAGGCUUUUCAGGUAAUUCUUUCAGAAACAGCCAACAGGAUGUUCCUCGCUGAGAGUGGAAGGACAAUUUUAUCAGCUUUACUUGUAAAAGCACAAAAGAAUCCAAAGAAGUUUGAAGAUGUUUUUGAUGAAAUGAUGUACUUUCUAGAGCAGACUGAUCACUGGGAUAGUACUGAAAUGGAACUUGCUGCUAGAGGUGUAAAAAAUAUAAAUUUUUAUGAUGUUGUUCUGGAUUUUAUAUUAAUGGAUUCCUUUGAAGAUUUAGAAAACCCACCCACAUCCAUACAGAAUGUAGUGAAUAAUCACUGGCUAAAUUCUUCCUUCAAAGAAACCGCUGUGGCUUCCAGCUGUCGGUCAGUCCUGAGACAGAAAAAGCAACAGAUGAAGAUCCCUGAUGGAUUUUUUGCCCAUUUUUAUGCCAUUUGUGAACACAUCAGUCCUGUCCUAGCCUGGGGCUUUUUGGGUCCUAGAAAUUCUCUUUAUGAUUUAUGUUGCUGCUUUAAGAAUCAAGUUGUUUUCUUUCUCAAAGACAUUUUUGAUUUCGAGAAAGUACGAUACUCAAACAUGGAGACUUUAGCUGAAGAUCUCAUGCAGUUACUCUUUCGCCGCAUGGAACUUUUAAUGGCCUAUCUUGGAGCAGACGCACUGAAACAUACGAGUAGCUGUAUAAGUGGUCAUGGUCAGGUUAUGGCCAGUGGGCUCCUGGAAGGCAAAGUACAAUAAGUACCUUAAGAAUCAUAUAACUUGAGUAUGUUAUAAAUAGAAUACUUUAAGGUAACUUGUUGAUUUUGUAACGCAUUAUAAAAUCAACCAAAUGGGUGAAAGUGGACUCAGGGAGGAGGGCAAGCUAGUGAAGAAUGACCGACUGCACUAUACUUACGGAGAAGUAUAUACAAUCUGUAGGUAAGAACUCAAGUCAGGAAAUACUGCUUGAAUUGAAGCCAGUACUCGUGAGUCAGUUGAUCUGUCUCCUUGAAGCGGACUGAAAAGCUUUGUGUUCAUGCUUUGUGCCUAGAAGAUAUACACUUUAGCUAAGACCUUUGUGGUUCACACAUGUAAAAAAUAUUCCUAGUGCAACAUAUUUAGAUUGUAAAAUUAUUCAUUUGUAUAACUAACCCUAGGCAGUAGUGAUGAUUACUAUAUGCUGCUUACAAUAUUGCCUGUGCAUUUGCUUAUGUAAUUCAAUCAAAGAAAUUGUAAUGGUGAGUGUCAAUAUGAAACAUUUAAUGAAUCGAACACUGAGAAGUUUACAGUUUACAGCUUUUAAUUGGGUUCAGUGCAGAUUCUAAAAUAUGUUACUUGAUGGUCAUAUAAAUUGCAGCAACAGAGAAACUGAAGAACUUUAUUUUUAUUUUGUAUAGUGCAUUUCCUCUUUGAAUAGUGAUUGAAACGAUAAUAUUUAUUAACAAGACAGGUUAUUAAAUUUUUUUCUGUAUAGUUUAGAAACUGUCUCCCAGAAUGUGAUCUAUUAAACCUAGUACAGUAAAAUGAUUUCUCAUUUCUUCUUCUACAAAAUGGACUUUUAGUUUAUUCCCACAGAAAAGUUAGCUUGCUGGAAUUUGUCCCAUUAUGACCACAUAUUCUUACUUUGUAUGGCUUUAAAGUAGGUGACUUUCACCGGUAAAUAUGGAACAAGUUUUAGUGGUGUGGAAGUAUAUUUCCUGUCAUUUAUGAUGAAUAUGUAUACACAGGGUUGUUUCUGUGUAAGGGUCUGCUGCCAAGUAUACUUGGAGUAGUUGGUUCAGGAUAUUGAUGGAUUGGAUUUGCUCAUUUUAUUCCUGAAGUGGUCUUUAUUCAUUUUAGGAGUUGAUUACCCAGAAAGAUUGAAAAUGCAUCUUAAAGAUAUUAAAAUGCAUCUUAAAGAUCUUAAAGAUGCAUUUAGAUUAAAGUGCCUAGUUCCUGAUUAAUGAAUGGAAAAUUAAGAGUGAAAAAAAGCAUAAUUUUAAAUUGCCGUGUGUGCCACAUUCUGUAACAUUUCUUUUAAAAUAUGAACUUCAGAAUGUUUAUCUUGCUUGCAUUUGCUCCAUGUUAUGUAAGUUACAGCUUUAAACUAACUAAUGUGAAAUAUUGCGCUGAAUGUUUUGAAUAUAUAGCUCUAUGGCUUUCCUUACAUAUUUUCUUAGCUUAACAGUUGACUAUUCAUAAUUCUCAUUAUUGAUUUAUUUUUUGUGUUUUACUUAGUACAUGAUAAAAAGUAUCAUUUUCGUAGUGAUACCUUUUUGAUGGACACAGUGGCUGCAUCAGUGGAGUCCAGGAACAAUUGUGAGGCUGGCACAGGACCGG